GUUGCUUUCUGUUAGGACAGACGCGUAUGUUACUGUAUCUUUAAGAGCAUGCGCCUCUUGAACACACGACGGAGGUACUCUUGACUCGUACUUAACGCGGGACCCGCCAUUUGUUGACGAAUUAGUACAGUCGAAACUAAAGAAUACACAAAACAGUCAUCAUAUAGGCAUAGAUCACAGCAUAAUGUACACAAAGCGUUCGACUAACGCGAUGAUUCAUCUUGUUCGGUUCGAAGCAUGACUCGUAAGAGAAGUGUCGUUUGGGAUUAUUUUGAAGAGGUCGAUACGGAAUCAGUGGUUUGCCUGCUGUGUAAAAAUGCAUUGUGUAAACACGAACAUGGCAGUACGACACCGAUGCUAAGACAUGUGCGCGCCGAACACCCCAGAGAGGCUGCCAUGGAACUUGGUAGGACCGAUGGUCAGGAAGCUUCGACUGGACAGCAGCCCAUGGACACUGACGGUGCACAAGUGGAGGUGGAACUGGAGGAGGCAGACUGUAACACCGUCAUCACUGUGAACGACACUGACAUUGAUUCUGCAUUAAACGGCAUCCUUGUAGCUGUACAGGGAGAGCCCAUGGAAGAAAGAAAAGAAGAAGACGACGUGGUCAGAAAUACACUCCCCUCAAAGACGAAAUCACAACGUCGGAGCAUGAUCUGGAGACACUUUGAACGCUCGGAAAGUUUAGAUGGUUGUCGAUGUUACAUUUGCAAUAGGAAGAUAAAAUGCUCUUCUGAGGGCAGCACCAGCAACCUGCACAGACACAUGUCAAAGAUGCACCCGCAUGUGAAUUUGCGAACAGGCGAGGUGCUGAAGCAGUCACCAUCAGACACAUCCUCACCCACAAAGAAAAAGGAUCUUAGGAAGACAUGUCCAGCAAAGGUCACAAAGGACGUAGCAGUUCCAGAUGUGCUUCAGGUAUCACAGGCAACUGCAGGAGAGAGGCGUGUUUUUAGGAGGGAGCUGGAGCUGAUAGAAGCUCUGAGGAGGGCGCAGAAGGAGGAGGCGCAGGCUCUGGAGCAUCAGAGGGAGCUUGUUGAGAAGCUGCGGGCUGUCAAUGCCAGAGAAGCUGCUGUAGAGAGAGAGCAAAUUGAGUCUCUCAGGAGAGCACAGCAGGAGGAAGCCAAAAAAUUAAGCAGACAGAGGGAAGAGCUCAAGACAGAAAAGGUGGCACUGCGGAGGAAACGGGAGGAGCUCCAGCAGAAGGAGCAACUGCUCUUGCUUUCCAGGGAACAUCCAGUCACUAUUUCUCACUAAAAGUGAGAUUUUUUUAUUGGCUAGUAGUUGCACCAAUGCAAAUACCAGUUUUUUUCUUUUAAUAAAAUCUACUUUGCAGACCCGUACUUGAUCUUUGAUUUAGCUUCAUAAUAUAAAAACUAGGGCAUAUAUUGUGCAUAUACCUCCUCAGGCUUGCUGUGCAUUAAUAGCAACAUAAAUUACCAAUAUGUCACAAUGUGCUUCAAGAUAAAUACGAUUUACAUCAUUUGUUUCCACUAGUUUUGUAGCCACCUGAUAGAAGCACAACUAUGUGAAACAAGCCAAUUGUCUUCUUGUGAGCAUUUAUACCAUAAUUGUCUUUUUCUAAGAGAAUUGGUAGUAAAACGUUUCUGUAGUUUACUAUAGAAAAUUUAGAAUUUGGGGGGCGUGAGAGGCCGGGAGCACUUUCUAUGCUACUGCAGACCUGCCAACAUGUAUAAAUUUAUUGUACUCGACAUGCACUUUGACUCUUGAAUAUAAUUGUAUGCUUCACAGCUAUCGUUGAAUUUUCCUGGUUUCAGUUUCGAGUUCAGUCUGGACAGUACAGAUAAAUAGACAGCAGUUUCUCGAUAGUAUUUCAAAGGGGGGGGGGACAGAAAAUAAUUGAGAACCACUGUUUUAAAGUGUGUUACCUUAAGGGAGUUGUGAGCCCUAGAAGGCGUGACAGAAAAAGUACACAAGCACAGCGCAUGCGUAUUUAGAUGUGAGUAUUUUCCCGUUUCUGAUUUCACAGGCAGUAAUUUCGCACCAAUAACCCACUGAAAGGGUUACUUCCGAAAUAUUACACGAAAUUUAGCUUUAAAUCUAUCGACAGCCAAGCAUCAGUAAAUUAACCAGAUAGUUUGAAUUCGAACGAGCCAAUUUGUAGUGCCUAACAGGCUACAACCAGGGACUAUUCUCUGUGAAUUUAAAGUGGAAGAUGGCUGACAACGGAUCGGUCGCAAUGAAAAGAUGCGAUUCUGGUCAACUGUCCUCUGUGAGCAUGGACACUAUCUCGGCUCUCACGGAGCUGGAGGACCUAGAGAAAGUUUAUCAGCAGCUAUGUGUUGAGGAGAAAGCAGUGGAGGCUGAGCUGGAUCACCUGGUGGGCCAGGAGGGAACUAUUCACACAAAGAUGCUGGCCCUCCAGCGGAUGGGGCCCAACCUACAGUUGAUCGGAGGAGAUGCCAGCCAGCUGUCGGGCAUGAUUACAUUUACCUGCAGCCUGGCAGAGAACGUCAGCCGCAAAGUCAGACAGUUAGACCUGGCAAAGACACGGCUAUAUAAAGUCAUCCAGCGUGCUGAUGACAUCCUUGAUCUAAAGUUCUGUACGGACGGCGUACAGACAGCUCUGCAUAAUGAAGAUUAUGAACAGGCAGCUGCUCACAUCCACCGCUAUCUUUCUCUGGACCAGUCAGUCAUUGAGCUGAGCAGACAGGGAGAAGAAAGCAGUACUGUGGAUGCCAGUCUGUUACUGCUGCAGGAGGCUGAGCAGAAACUGAAGGUCAUCGUCGCUAAGAAGUUGGAUGAAGCUGUGUCUGCAGUGGAUCUGGCGCAGGUGGAAAGGUUUUUCAAGAUCUUUCCUCUGUUGGGCCUCCACCAGCAGGGCCUCGCCCGCUUUGGACAAUAUCUCUGCAGUCAGCUCGCCUCCAAAGCUGAAGAGAACCUGCUGUUAGCAACUGGAGGAGACCUGGGUGACAAAAGAGCUCCACUCAUAUUUGCAGAUACUCUGACACUUUUACUUGAAGGCAUUGCUCGUGUUGUUGAGACCCAUCAGCCCAUCGUAGAGACAUAUUACGGCCCAGGCCACCUGUACACUCUCAUUACUCAUCUACAGCAGGAAUGUGACCAGCAGGCACAGAAGAUAGUGGACAAGUUCAUUCAGCAGCGAGGAUACCUCAACAAGUUUCAGGUUGUCCAGAGCAGCAUGAUGAAGAGCGUACCUGGGGAGAGGAUUGAGCCCAGAGAGCUUGACCCUGUAUUGGCAGAAGUCACUUUAAUGAAUGCUCGGGCGGAGCUUUACCUGCGUUUUUUGCGCCGGCGUAUGUUGGCCGACUUUGAAAUUGGCGAUGCUCAGAGCAUUACAACAGAGCAUCAUCAGAAUGUGGAGAAGCUGCUGAAACAUUGCGUGCUGAGCAGGAACAUGCAGGAGCUGAUCGGCUAUUACAUACCAAUGGAGGAAUACUACAUGAGGGAGUCUGUCAACAAGGCUGUUACAAUGGAUACCUAUGAGAAGGGUCAGCUGACCUCCAGCAUGGUGGAUGAUUGUUUCUACAUUGUAAAGAAGUGCAUCAGUCGAGCUCUGUCCAGCUCCAGCAUCGACUGCCUGUGUGCAAUGAUCAACCACGCCAACUCAGUGCUGGAGUCUGAUUUUAGGGAGGUGCUGUACAACAAGCUGCGGCAGGGCUUCCCCGCGACCACGCUGCAGGACAUCCAGCGUGGUGUCAGUAGUGCCGUCAGCCUGAUGCAGAGCAGCUUGCAGCAGGGAAAGUUCAACACUGAGUUCAACAUAGAGAGCACUGAAAAUGCAAAGACUGCCUUUUUGGUGACUCUCAACAAUGCCGAGGUGUGCAGUGAGAACGUCUCCACUUUGAAGAGAAACCUUGAGAACGACUGCUCCAAGCUGUUCAGUCAGGGGGCCGGUUCCGGUGAACACGCCAAGAUUGAAAGCUGUUUGUCCGACCUUGUCAACACAUCCACAAAGUUCAAGGACCUUUUGCAGGAAGGCCUGACUGAGUUGAACACAACUGCCAUAAAACCCCAAGUCAAACCCUGGAUCAGCUGCUUCCUGUCCAUCUCUCAUAACAUAGAGGAGGAGGAAUUUAAUGAUUACGAAGCAAAUGAUCCCUGGGUGCAGCAGCUCAUCGUCAACUUGGAGCAGCUGAUGGCGGAGUUCAAGACAGCCCUCUCUCCUGUUAUCUAUGACACACUGACUAGCCUGAUGACCAGCCUCAUAUCCAUUGAGAUGGAGAAGACGGUCCUCAAGUGCUCAUUCAGCAGGCUGGGUGGGCUGCAGUUUGAUAAAGAGCUCCGUUCCCUUGUGGCGUAUCUCACCACUGUGACCACCUGGACCAUCAGGGACAAGUUUGCUCGCCUCACGCAAAUGGCCACCGUCCUCAACCUGGAGCGUGUAACUGAGAUCUUGGACUACUGGGGACCAAACUCCGGCCCCCUGACGUGGCGUUUGACCCCAGCAGAGGUGCGGCAGGUUCUAGCUCUACGUGUUGACUUCAGAAGCGAGGAUAUCAAGAGGCUGCGACUGUGACAUGCUGCUUCCUCAAGAGAUAUUGAGCCUGAACUACAUUAGGCAGAAGAGAAAAGGAGUGGAACAGACCUGCCGCAGGCUACUGAGUCAUGUGUGUGGCUGUGAAGGAGAGAAGAGCUUUGUCCCCUCUCAACGGUCAAACAAGCCUCCUGCUUCCCCACCGUGACCAUCGGCCACAAGAACAACACCUCCCCACCUUACCGCCGUCAUGCAGCACAAGCGCCACAGGCUCAAGGCUUGCACGUAGAAGCCAAACGGAGGAAUUUCUGCACUGCAUUUUUCCCCCAAAAAAGGCGCCAACUGAAUCCCACCCUUGUGCCAGCAGUCCUGAACAAAUCAUUAAAAAAACAAACA